AUGGCCGUGAAGACUCGCAGGGCGACGACGACUCGCGCUUCCACAGCCCGCCUGCCUACAAAACAGCCCGGGAUCACAGCCUUCUCGCGAGUAGGCAAGGCCGGGACACGAACGGCUUCCUCGAAGGAGACCCUUUCUCUGAAGCGGAAAAUUGAAGAACCAGGUCAGGGAGACAGCGAGUUGGUACAGCAGAUCAGCCCUUCCGACGAAAAGACAUCCGCAAAGCGAAGCAAGGUCGAGUCAACAACGGAGAAGGAUGAACCCUCUGCUCAGCCCCAAGUCGAAUAUUUCACCGACGCUUCUACUGAGCGGGCUUCCGUACCGUUAAGCCCCACAGACUCCUCCCACUCCGGACGGCCUUCCGAGUUCCUUGACCUUGUUGAUCUCAAUUCGGCUUUUCUAAGCGCGUUAUCCCUUCAUUUCGCCCACAAUGGAUCCAUGGCGCCUGCAAAUAUUCGUGAUCUACUUAGCAGCACGGAAAGGAUCUGGAAUAAAAGAAAGGUGGCGCUGCAGGACAUCCAGCGGGUGCUUCAUAUUCAGGGGCUUUGUCGGUCAUCCUCACAGCCUCAGAGCGGGCUCAUACUCACCAGUUAUGGGACAAACACAUUUGUGGAGAGAAAAGAGGGUGCACUUUCGAGCAAAUCAAGCGGGACUUCACCGUUGAAUGACAAAGCACUUAAAGCGGAAUUUUUGGCAAACCUGGAAAGCUAUUGCGAUGACAAGGGAGAUAAUUAUGAGAAGCCGAGUCGAGAUCUUUUCCGGACCAUUCCACUAGCACCAAUCCACCUAUCCAAAGGAUCUGCUAAGGCUGCUAGAGGCCAAAAAACCAUUGAAGAACUGUUUGGCUCCCGCAAAUCCAAGCCGCUGUUGACCCGUGAACCGUAUAAGAAACAGCCAGCACCACUGAAAGAGUCGACUUCAACUAACAGCCGGCGAAAUGGGCUUCUGGAGCGUAUGAAAAUGAAAGCACUGCGCCAGUCGAAGCUCCCUCCUCCGCCUUCAAAAGAUGUUAUACUGAAGCAGACUGCCCUUGGCCGUAUCUCAGAAGUCAUCAAUGUCCUUCUUCUACUGUCACCGUUGAAUUGCAAGAUUGACGAUGCAACGAGUUACUCUACGGCACUUCGAAAGUCAUACACAAUGGAUCUGAUCAUCCAGAGGAUUGAAGACUCGAUGCGGACGCCUGCAUCAAGGGAGGAGAUCGAGACGUGCAUUGAAAUUCUCAGCCAGUCCAAGGUGGCAAGGGACUGGGUCACGAUAGUAAAGACGAGCCAGAUGAAGUCGGUCGUUCUGAGAUCGGAUCGACGUCCCUCACCAGCCGAAAUAACGAACGAGUCUAUGAGUCUGAAGUUUUAG